GACACUGUCCUCUGUCCAAUUGGUCUCGGUCGUUUCGCGGUGUCGGAAGUGUUCUAGCGGGUUCUCUUGGUGUGUCCCCAGGUUCUGCCGGAGUGCGUUUUGUGUGGAGGAAUUUUUGGCCCCGGAAAGGAGCUUCCCGUCGGCGGAAAGUGCGGCUUGGAGUACGUCGGGAGCGUUUUUCUUUUUCUGCCGGAAGUGGUCCUUCCGGUGUCGGCUGCCAUUCCGUUGGAUUAUUUUGGUGAAGUUCAAGUGAAGUUUUGCUGCAAAAAAUAAGGUUGCUUUGUGAGAGAGUGCGGUUCUUUAAAGAGUGUGUGCGAGAAUCUUGCCCUGUGGCAGAGCAAGCAGCGGAAGAAGAGGAAGAAUAAGCUUGACAGCUAACCAAUACCGAUACGCGGAGAGCGAGUGAGUGAGACAGCGAGAGGGAGAGCAAGAACACCGAAGAUGAACCAACUGGGCUGCACCGCCGCCACGUUCCGGCGGCUGCUGUUGCUGGUGGCCGUCGUUGGUCUGCUCGUGGCCACCGUGGAGGCCAAGAAGAAGCCGAACAAGUACGGCGAUGGCGACUUUGAGUUUGUCGAUGAGGACGACAAAAGUAAUCAACAGCUGGAUUUGCAACAGCAAAAGCAACAACAGCAGCAGCAACAACAGAUUCCGGAGAAGAAAAAGUGGAUUCACGACCCAUCCAGUGAUUUGUGCAAACCGCUCAACUGCAAAAAGAAAGAACUAUGUUUGCUGGAGGAUGCUUACACAGCUGUCUGCGUCUCGAAGAAGGAGCUGCACAAGAACAAAUUCAUCAACAGCUACAAUACACUCUCAAACCGGGAUGAGCUGAUCACCAAGAGCAAAUAUCUGGAAGAGGAGGAAGCCAAGCGAAAGGCCGCUGAAGAGGCCGAACAAACUGGUCUUAUCAGCGGAACCAGCAGCAGCAACAGUGGUAACUCCGCGGACUCUUCGGACAACAUCGGUGGCAGUGUUGCCAGCGGAAGUGGUUCCAGUGCGAUCGCUAGUGAUCGAACCAGCGGUGGUGCGGCUGGCGACGAGCUGCUCCAGCAGGACCAGGAAGAUCCGGAUGAUGAAAGUUCCGCCCAGGACGAUGACGUGUUCUACGACAGCGAUGGCGGUGAGAAGGAGGAGGAAAACUGCAAGCCUUGCCCGGUGGUGAAGCCGACGUUCAUGUGCGGCAGCGACAACCGAACGUACUCGUCGCUGUGCCGGCUGGAGUACCACAACUGCAUCCACGGCAGCCUGGUCAAGGUCAACUGCAAGGGAUUCUGCCCGUGCAAAGCGGACAUGGCCGGCUCAACGACGGCGGACCAGAAGAAGCAGCAGCGAAUGGCCGAUCGGAUGAGCGCCUUCAACGCCAAGUACCAGCGAACGGUCGAAAGUAACGACAUCAACGGCGGCACGGCUUCCGGGGCGACCACCGAGCUGGACGGCCGCAGUGGCUCCAAGUCAAAGGAGGAAAAGAAUCGUCACUUUAACCACAUCAACUCGCAGUACACCUUCACUCCGGAGGACAUCAAGUACGACAACAAGCACUACAAGUACAUCAAGUACACGUCCUACAAGAGCAAGCAACGUCAGCAGCAGCAGCCCCAGUACGAUUCGUUUGGACUGUCCUCGGCCGGAAAUGGACCCUCGUCAAGCGGAGCGUCUCAGUCGUCAUCGUCGGCGUCGUCCUCCUCCCGGGCCAGCGAGGACAAACACAAGAUCCGGGGCUACAAUGAGGUGCUCGAUAAGCCCGUCAGCAAGCUGCCCAAGUCCGCCAACAAUGGUGCGCGUUACCCCACCAAAUCGAUCGAGUGCAAGCCGCAGCAGCUGACCGCCAUCGGGAACCGCCUGCUGGACUGGUUCUCCGUCAUCAUGGUGGACAGCAAGAAGCGGCGCCAGCACCAGCAGCAGAAGAACAAGGUCCAUUUCCCGGCGGCGUGCAAGCUGGAGGCGCGCUGGAUGUUUGGCCAUCUGGAUCUGAACAACGACGGCGAGCUGUCCGCCCAGGAGCUGUACGAUCUGGAGCACGACCAGAACGAGCGCUGCAUCAAGCCGUUCAUCGACACGUGCGACCUGGACCAGGACAACACGAUCGACCCGCGGGAGUGGUGCCGGUGCUUCGAGAAGACGGACCGACCCUGCGCAGCGGUGCGGAGGCGGCUGGGAAAUGAUCUGAGUGGUUCAGGAUAUGCACCGGAUUGCGACAGCCAAGGGUUCUACAAGCCGACCCAGUGCCACCAGGCCGUCGGAGUGUGCUGGUGCGUGGACGAACACGGCGUGGAGUUUGCCAACACACGUACCCGUGGAAAGCCCAACUGUGACGAGAUUAUCAACAACGCGAGCACGCUCAACACCGACGACGAGGACGCCGAAGAUUCCGAGGACGACGACGACAGCCAGGAGGGCAGCGCCGACCGUUUGCUGGUGUUUUAAGGUGAAGGCAGCCGCAGCAGCAGCAGCAGAGAGACAGAGAGAAGUUGUAUCCUUCCAGUGUGAAACAAGUUGAACGAAAGAACAGAAAAAUAACAUCUCUCAACACCACGUCGUUUUUUUCCCACGUGUCGCUCGAAUGGAUGCGAAAAAAGUUUUAAUUUUCCACUUUUUCUGCGGUGAGAAACAAAACGUACCCCCCUCUUCCAGGGCUUAAUCCCUUUUUUGAAGUAAAUUUGACAAAAAAAAACUUAAUUUAAAGCAAAACAAACUCAACGUAGAUUAGUUGAACUAACAGAGCAAAAAUUUAACGUCUGUUUCAAAAACUGAAUUUCGUCCACGUGCAUUGUUUGGAGAAAGACAAAGGCAAACAAACAACACAACACACUAAAACUAGUGGAAAAAGGUAAACAAAAAAACACAACACUAGCAAUUCCCCGUCCUUUUAUUAGCGCGUCGUGUGUCUUUACUGUUAUUAAGUUUGUAAUUUUUAACUAACCGAAAAAAAACCUAAGUGUGGUGAGAGUAAGCUGAUUGGAACGAUGGUAAGGUUAGCAAAAAUGUGGUAGACGUGCGAAACUUUGUAAUGAAAACAACGUAUUUUUUUCCUUUAUUUAAGGAUUACAGCACAGACAAGCAGACCGUAAUCAAUUUGAAUGUUUGGAAAGUCACCACGGGCAUUUCAUAUUCACCACAGCGCAUUUGCGCGCGUUUGACAGCUAGAUGGCUCUCGUGAAAUAAAAAUAUAUGGAUAUUCUAUUAAAAUGUUCAUUGAUUUGCGUCUGUUUGUCUUUGAGAAAAAAAAUAUUUUCUUCAAUAAAAUAAAUUAGCAAAAUUAAAGUUUUUAAAAGACUUCUUACUUUUCAGAGAACACAUUUCAUUGCAAACUGACAAAAACGCAUGCUUUCCUAUGUGUCAAACCGCUGAACUGUCAGUUUCUAGCAUGUUUUCUACUCCUUCUUAAUUUUUUUUAGAGCAAAAAAAAUAUCUUUUGACGCUCGCUGAGAGAGAACUUGCAUGAAUAUUCCGUAAAAGGAAUUGAAAAAAAAAAAACAAUUCCGACAUUUUCUGGUGGAAUUUCGAUUUCACUACUACAUUUGCUGGAAAAACGUCACAUUUCGAUAACAAUAGCUGUCACUUUCCGCAGAUAAACAAUGUUUGUGAAUUUAACGAAUUAUGAAUUUAUGUGAUUCAUACAGAUUGAUAUUGUUGAUCAUUUCUGGAUGAGAGCUGUUCACAUGCGAUGCGAUGAUUCCACCUCUGAAAGUGAGAAGUUUUUUCACAAUUUUGUAAAAACUCCAAAUAAAACAUUAUCUUUCUUUAGUUUGUGUGACUUUUCUGUCGAUUGUCCGCCAACCGUAAGCAUAUUUGUGUUGUGUUUAGUGAGAAAUUGGAGAAGCUUAGUAAGAUAAACAAGAGGAAAUAUAAGAAACUAACCAACAGAAAGUCAUAAAAAAAACACUUCAGAAUCGUAAAACAUUGUUGUAAAAAGCCUUAUUUUCGCAAGUAAUAGUACAGAUUCAACUACUACUAGUAAAAUGAAAUAUAAACAAACAAACAAAAACAUAACAAGAGCACUUUUCACUAAUCGUAGUAGGCCAUCAGUAUUUAUAUAGCGAUAGCGAGCGUAAGAGCUGAGAGAAAACGUCAAAUGAAGGUACAGAAGCAAAACCAUAAACUGUCAGUUUGACAGCCAAACCGGAGCAAACCAAAUAAAUCCACGCAAGCGAGUAUUUUAGGUGAACCGUGCACAGCGCUUUGAAUGUUCAAAGAUUAGAAGAAAACACACACACACAUACCCACACGAAAACGCAGACACGCAAAAACCAAGUUGUGAUGUAAACACUACUACUACUAUUAAUUACUACUACCGCUUCACACCACCACUCAAAAUAGGGAGACAAAAAUAUAGAGCAAGAAAUAACACAACAAUCCCAAAAAGUCAUGAUUCAUUUUAAAUCGCAGCAUGCCACCUUUUGGUUUGACGUUUAAUCCAGUUAUGGUGACAUCUACACGGAGCGCUUGCUAAACUAAACAAAACGCUGAUUUUUUUAAAAGGGUUCACGGCAACUAGGGCGCGAGUAGGAAAACAAGCAAGCAAAACAUAAAUAAACAACAAAAAAGCGCGAAGACACAGAAGAAGGCUAAAACAAACUAAAAUUAACGCGUAAUCAUUUAGUAGAUGAGAAAAAAACAGAAAACAUGGCGAAAACCACACACACAGACACAACAAUGUGCAAAGUUGUUAAAGAAAAAAGUAAAGAAAAAAAUCAACAUAAAACAAAAACAUUUGAUAAAUAAAAACCAUUCAACACUUACAGUAGGAGGAAUAUACAACAAAAACAAAACAAAAGAAAUAGAAUGUCACGUCAAAAUUCUUCGCAAAUAAAAUAAAAACACAUGAAAAAGAACAAACCAAACAAGUGACAACUUGAACGGAAAAACGGUAACAAUUCUCUGUGCAUUCUUUUUGAUAUUGAACACUAAUGAAGAUGGGGUGAAAAAACUAACUUAAUUAAAAUGAAACAACAACUAAAAGGAAAAGAAUGUCAAAAAAAACAAGUAAAAGUAAAACGUGAUCGAUGGUAAGCUACAGCCGAAAUGGCCGUAAAGAUGAAGGGGAAGAAAACCACAUGUUUGACAAUUUAGUAAAACUUAAGCAUUUUAAUGGAAGAAAAGGAAAUAAAUAAAUUAAGUGACA